UCGACCACUUGUUCCAGUUUUCACCCACCGUUUACAGCAGCGAGAAAACAAGAAGCAGCUGAAAGAAACGCAGCAAAUUAGUAGAAUUUUUAUCUUAAUCGCAUUCGCUGUCCUUUUCUUGAGCAUCCGUAGAGCUUAUGCUCCUAACUGAAUCCAUUUUACUCCAAUCAAUUCUAAAAAUCCGUGCACCAGAACCAAACAAGUUUUGUUUUGAGGCUAAAGAUGCCUCUAAAAUGUGGAGGGAAAUACGAGACAGAGAAUCGGGCAAAACCCGCCCUAAUUCCUUCACAAACCGGGUUAAAUCAAACCGGAUCGCAAAUCUCCAACUCUCUAACUACAAAGAAAUCGUAUCUCCUCACAGAGGAGCCAUCAAUUCUCUUCAGGUUGAUUUGACAGAGGGAAGAUAUUUAAUAUCUGGUGCGUCAGACGCAUCAGCUGCUGUUUUUGAUGUUCAACGAGCUACGGAUUUUGAAGAUGAAGGCGUUAUUGCUAAGCACAAGUGCUUAUUUAUAGUUGACAAGCAGCAUGAAACGGCACAUAAAUAUGCCGUUUCAUCUGCUACCUGGUAUCCUGUGGAUACAGGACUGUUUGUUACAGGUUCUUAUGAUCAUUAUAUUAAAGUAUGGGAUACUAACACCACUCAAGUAGUGGUGAAUUUUAAACUGCCCGGAAAGGUUUAUAGAACCGCCAUGUCGCCUUUGGCGACAUCUCACAUGCUUAUAGCUGCCGGUACUGAAGAUGUUCAAGUUCGGCUUUGUGAUAUUGCUUCUGGUGCUUUUGCACACACGCUCUCUGGUCACCGUGAUGGUGUUAUGACAGUGGAAUGGUCUACGUCAAGUGAGUGGGUUCUGGUUACAGGAGGAUGUGAUGGUGCUAUACGUUUUUGGGAUAUUAGACGUGCUGGAUGUUUUCGUGUUUUAGAUCAGUCUCAAUCUCAGCUUGGGAGACGCCCCCCAGUCCUCCCACGUUCUGUUGCAAAUAAGGUUUCAUCAAGAAGCUUAUUGGCAGGUCAACAUUUGUCAUCAAAAUCACGGGCACCACUGAAGAAAUCAGCUACUGGGAAUGGAAAAAAGCAGUCUCCCCUUGGUCGGACUCCAGUCAAGGGACCUGUCAGGCAGAGAUUACAUCCAGGAAUGUUGUCUAUUCAAGAUCGUGCCACUGCUCAUUAUGGUGCUGUUACUGGUCUAAAAAUAACUGAAGAUGGAAUGUAUCUUCUAAGUGCAGGAUCAGAUUCCAGAAUGAGGCUGUGGGAUCUUGAAUCUGGCUGCAACACACUCGUGAACUUUGAAACAGUUCGCCUACAAACUAGCAAGGCAAUUCAAUUGGCCACAACCCAAGAUUCAUCCCUCGUUUUUGUUCCAUGCAUGACAGCUGUGAAAGCGUUUGAUCUUUGGUCGGGUAUGACUUCCAUGACAUUUCGUGGCCAUUAUGAGUAUGUGAACUGCUGCUGGUAUAGUUCACAAGAUCAGGAAAUAUACACAGGUGGUAAUGAUAGACAAAUUCUAGUCUGGUGUCCACCCAGAUUGAUUGAUAUGGAAACAGGGCCAGCUGAGGAUCAGGAUAACUGGAGUGAUUGACAUCUUCUGCUAUAUCAGUUUGUCCCAGUUUGCUUCCCUGUCUGUGACUGAGUUUCAACUGCACAGUUGGUCUGUUCGCUGGAACUCUUUGAUAUCCUCAAACUAUGGGAAAUCCAACAAUGGUAAUCCUAUCAGGGCACAUAAAACCAGAGCAGAAUCUUAUUCCAGAUUUGUUUCAAUCAGUCCCAUAGUUGAGCAUUGAUGAAACUUCCUUAAAUCUAAAUCAUCCCCUUCCAAACUGACCUACAGUGUCUAAUAAACAGUUUUUCUUGAAAUGACAUUGCCCAUAAGAUUCCACACCUAUUCUACCAACUACAUUUGGAUUAAAUAUAGAUGCACAAUCUAGUUCAAUUAUUGAAUUUAGGAAGUCCAGCAAAAUCCAAAAUGACUGAAUAUGACAAAGUGGACUAGGGAAUUCUGUCAGUCCUCAUUUUUUCAUUAAUGUAGCAAGUAGGAGUGAUAUCCAAACGUCCAAAGAUUGAGAGACU